CAAACUUUCUCUAUUAAAAAACACGCAACUCUAAUUCCAAUUCCACCACUAAAUAAGACCCUCUCUCCUUUCUUUCUUCUUUGAUUUUUCUCUGUUUUUCUUUUUCUCAAAGGAUAUGGAACACAAAAAGAGAGGGGUAGUUACAAAUGUUCAUGACGACGAUGAUUCAGGAGAUGAGGCCAAGAUGGAGAAAUUUUACUCUUUGCUGCGGAGAUUCCGAGACGCUCGAGAUCGACGAAAGAGCGAGUUGAAGGAGAUGGAGAAGCACGAGAGGAACGUGAAAAAGAUGAAGACCAGCAAUGACGAUGGUAUUAAUAAGAAGGCCAAGACGACGACUACUACUACUGUAGAGGAUUCUUUUGAGCUGCAGGAUUUUACUACUGAGAUUGAAUUCAGAAAGCCCCCUUCGGUUUUUCCCAACCCUGUUCGAUGUGAUACCGUUACCGACGCCAGAAAAGAGAAGAAGGAACAACGCCAACAGGAUCGUCCUCUUGACCUCAAACUGGCUCUCUAAUUUACUUGCCA